UUAUCCUCUGCUGGCAGAGCCAACAUCUCUCAGUUUGUUGAGUCAUUCUCACAAGCUGUUUGUGGAUCAGCUGUGCAGUUGUGUUUCUCUUUCAGCCACUGGCACUGAAAACAUGGCAUCACCAGACUGGAUUCGUGAAUUUCAGCUCAGAGCGAAAAGCCUUAGAGAAGGACACUCUUGGCGUUUGGAGUUUGAUGGAAACAUUGUGCCGAACCAACCAAACCCGGGCUGGAAGAAAUACAUCAGGAACACAAGUGCGAGGUUCAAAUGCAGCGAGUGUGGAAGAAGCUGGCCCUCCAACUGGGUGACGUUCAUCUUCCACAUGCGCCUGGCAGAUCGGAAUGGCACCGUGAAGGUCAGGUCCCUCCGUCAGAACUGCAAGAACUGCUACGAUGCCCCGAUGGAGGAACCCAGCGUCUCCACUGACAACAUAGGCAUCCUCAUGGAGAAUCUGAUGGAAAAAAUCAGAAUAAAGUGCUACCAUGAAGACCUUGGUGAAAAGAACAGGCCUGCUAGGAGCCUGGAUGUCCAGAGUCCCCAUGAGCCUUCCCAUUGUGAGGCCUGCCGUCUUGGCAUCUGUACAAGGAUUUGAGCUUGUGAUGCUUUUUGUUUGCCUUGCAUUAAUCUAUUAAAUCAUCAAUGUAGAAAUAAGGGGCUUUAAUGAUAUUUUAUGCCUGAGCUAUAUAUAUAUAUAUAUAUAUACAUGGAAUCAAGGCUUCCUCUAUCGAUUUUAUUCAUUUUUCUGUUACAGCUCAUAACAACUGGGUGCAAGUUUUCAUGUUUAUUUUUCCUGUCAUUUUUCCGAUCACAUUUUAUAUUAAUCAAAAGCAUUUUAAAAGCUUGCCUUAAAAGGAAAAUGUACAUCUACAAAUACAUAGAGGUGGCACGAGCUAUGAAUUCAUCAUAUGUGUGAUUUGUGUGGAUAUAUACUAACUGCAAAUAAAUGGCAUUUAAAUUUAA